GUCAGCAACUGUCUACAUUUGUUAAAGCUACUGUAAACUGGUUUGUGAUUCGUUGAAGUGCUUCUAUUUAGGAAUUUUGCCUUGCCUUCCUUUAUUUAUAGGUAUAUUCUUCAGACCUGGGGUUUUUACAUUUAUCACUCAUCGGCAGAAGAAUAUGAGCAUUGUUCCCAAAGAGACCAUAGAGGUGAUUGCACAAAGUAUUGGGAUCAAUAAUUUGUCCCCUGAUGUUGCCCUUUCUCUGGCUCCUGAUGUGGAAUACCGAAUGCGAGAGAUUAUGCAGGAAGCAAUCAAAUGCAUGUGUCACUCAAAGAGAACAACAUUAACAGCAGAUGAUGUUGAUUGUGCACUCAACUUGAGAAAUGUUGAACCAGUAUAUGGAUUUGCCUCUGGCGGUCCUUUACGGUUCAAAAGAGCUGUUGGACACAGAGACUUGUUUUAUAUAGAUGACAAGGAUGUUGAUUUAAAAGAUGUUAUUGAAGCACCAUUGCCGAAAGCACCUCUUGAUACUGCAGUUACUUGCCACUGGCUUGCUAUUGAAGGCGUACAACCUGCUAUUCCAGAAAAUGCUCCUAUAGAAGUAAUUUCAGCUCCUUCUGAUACCAAAAACUCUGAACAGAAAGAUGAUAGCCUUCCAAUUGACAUCAAAUUGCCUGUUAAGCAUAUAUUAUCCAGGGAACUUCAGCUUUACUUUGAUAAAGUCACGGAGCUCACUAUAAACAAGUCUGAUUCAGUUCUCUUUAAAGAAGCGUUGGUUAGUUUGGCCACUGAUUCAGGACUUCAUCCAUUAGUUCCAUAUUUCACAUGCUUCAUAGCUGAUGAGGUUUCUCGUGGUUUAAGUGACUUUGCUCGCCUGUUUGCCUUGAUGCGAGUUGUUAGUAGCCUCCUUCAAAACCCUCAUAUCCAUAUUGAACCAUAUCUGCACCAGUUGAUGCCAUCUGUUGCGACCUGCCUAGUUGCCAGAAGGUUGGGCAGUGGGAUGGCAGACAAUCAUUGGGAGCUUCGAGACUUUACGUCAAAGCUUGUUGCUUCAAUAUGCAGAAGAUUUGGACAUGUUUACAGUAACCUCCAGUCCCGCCUCACAAAAACACUGCUGAAUGCUUUCUUGGAUCCAAAGAAAGCAAUGACUCAACAUUAUGGUGCAAUUCAAGGGCUGGCAGCUCUGGGACCCAAUGUGGUUCGCCUUCUUGUACUGCCAAAUCUUGAACCAUAUAUGCGACUUCUUGAACCAGAGAUGCUUCUUGAGAAGCAGAAAAAUGAAAUGAAGAGGCAUGAAGCUUGGCGUGUCUAUGGGGCUUUGCUGCGUGCUACAGGUCGAUGCAUAUAUGAACUACUGAAGUUGUUCCCAAUGUUUCCAUCACCUCUUCCUCAUGAUGUGUGGAAGACCAAUGCAAGAGUUGUUACUGCUUCACCCCGUAAACGCAAGGCAAGCUUGGAGCAACCAGAACAGCAGCCGCCUGAAAAGAAAAUUGCGACUGAUGGUGAGGUUGGGGCAGUUCUGACAAAUUCCUCACCAUCUCAUGGUGAAGGGAUGAAGGGGAUCCAAGCUUCGUCAGCUGACUCAAUCAUGGAUCCAUCUCCGUCCGAGAGACGGACGAAUGAAGCCAUUUCAUAUGUUGGGGUUAAAAGUGAUGAACAGAGAAGUAGGGCGCCUAAGACAUCUGCUGCUCUUGCUCAGGUUUGGAAGCAUGAACUGAAUUCUGGACGUAUGCUGAUGUCACUGCAUGAUCUGUUCGGGGAAGCCAUUCUUUCCUUCAUUCCAUCUCCUGAGAUGUAUAUGAUCUUGUAAUUUGUAACAUCAUUUUGUUCUUUAAGAUCCUCCAAAAUGAGCAUAAAUUUAAGUAUUGCUGUAAUGCAUUGAC